AUGUCCACAGACGAGAAGCUCCAGCCCGAACCCGCCACCUCGGCCGGCGACACCCACAUCACCGGCGAUGGCCCCGCCCCGCGCCCCUCCGGCUGGAUGUACCGCGGCUUCCGCUUCCGCGGCAAGGAGCUCUGGUACGCCUCCCCGCGCAUCCAGCUCUUCAUGAUCUCCUUCAUCUGCUUCCUCUGCCCCGGCAUGUUCAACGCCCUCACCGGCCUCGGAGGCGGCGGCCAGGUCGACACAAAGGCCCAGACCGACGCCAACACCGCCCUCUACUCCACCUUCGCCGUCGUCGGCUUCUUCGCCGGGACCUUCGCCAACCGCCUCGGCCUCCGUCUCACCCUCACCAUCGGCGGCAUCGGCUACUGCAUCUACUCCGCCUCCUUCCUCAGCUACUCCCACAACCAGAACCACGGCUUCGUCGUCUUCGCCGGCGCCUUCCUCGGUGUCUGCGCCGGCCUCCUCUGGACCGCCCAGGGCGCCAUCAUGAUGUCCUACCCCCGCGAGGAGGAGAAGGGCCGCUACAUCUCCUGGUUCUGGAUCAUCUUCAACUUCGGCGCCGUCAUCGGCUCCCUCAUCCCCCUCGCCCAGAACAUCCACACCGUCUCCGGCCCCGUCUCCGACGGCACCUACGCCGCCUUCAUCGUCCUCAUGUUCCUCGGCGCCGUCCUCGCCAUCUUCAUGUGCGACGUCCCCAAGGUCAUCCGCGAGGACGGCUCAAAGGUCAUCAUGAUGAAGAACCCCUCCUGGCAGUCCGAGUUCAAGGGCCUCUGGGAGACCAUCUCCCACGAGAUCUGGAUCGUCGCCCUCUUCCCCCUCUUCUUCACCUCCAACGUCUUCUACACCUACCAGACCAACAACAUGAACGCCGGCCAGUUCAACGUCCGCACCCGCGCCCUCAACAACCUCCUCUACUGGCUCUCCCAGAUCUUCGGCGCCCUCGUCUUCGGCUACGCCCUCGACGUCCAGUCCGUCCGCCGCUCCGUCCGCGCCAAGGCCUCCUACGUCGCCCUCAUCGUCCUCACCAUGGUCAUCUGGGGCGGCGGCUGGGCCUGGCAGAAGGACCAGGUCACCCGCGAGGUCGCCGCCGGCGAGGACUUUGUCAAGGUCGACUGGACCGACGGCGGCAAGAGGUACAUCGGCCCCAUGUUCCUGUACAUCUUCUUCGGCUUCUUCGACGCCGUCUGGCAGACCUGCAUCUACUGGUACAUGGGCGCCCUGUCCAACUCGUCCCGCAAGGCGGCCAACCUCGCCGGUUUCUACAAGGGCAUCCAAUCCGCCGGCGCCGCCGUCUUCUGGGCCCUCGACAGCAACGAGACGGCCUACGACACCAUGUUCGGCGCCACCUGGGGCUGCCUCGCCGGCGCCCUCAUCAUCGGCGCCCCCAUCAUCUUCUGGAAGAUCAAGGACACCAUCUCCCUCGAGGAGGACCUCAAGUUCACCGACGAGACGGUCGCCGACGUCGUCGCCCCCGGCACCGUCGAGCCCAAGCCUACGAAGGACGUUGUCUGA